GUAAGAGGGGGAGAAAGGGAGAAAAACAUGCAGGAUAAGUUAGGGGGAGAGGGGGCCCAUGUUGACGCCAGUGUUGUCUCUUCCUACCGCGAGCGUCGUGCACAUUCAUUAACUGCUGCAAAUGGGUGUCCAGAAGGGUUAACAGGAGGCACAAAGAGGACUGUUGAUUACUGUUUUGUAUCUGGGUGAGAAGCGGACAGGAUUCAGAGACAAAAAAAGAGGUAAAUUUGCAUGACUGAUACAAUGUUAGUGUAGCUAAACUAAGCAGAAACUAAGUGUGAUCAGUUUGAGGUGUCCAAACAGAGGAAUGGACGGGACACAAAUGAAGAAAGAGGGUGACAAGGAGAAGGAGAAGACGGAAGAGGACGUGGUGCACCUGCGGAGAGAGAUCGGCCUGCUGCCGGCGGUGUGCUUCAUCAUCGGCUCGGUGGUGGGCAGCGGAAUCUUCAUCGCACCCAAGGGAGUCCUGGUGAACAGCGGCAGCGUGGGGCUCUCUCUGCUGGUCUGGGUGCUGUGUGGGAUCCUGUCUUUGUUUGGGGCCCUGUGCUAUGCUGAACUGGGCACCAGUUUUACAAAAUCAGGGGGCCACUACACGUAUCUACUGGAGACACUGGGGCCACUGCCGGCCUUUUUACGACUCUGGGUGGAGUUCUUAUUCAUCAGGCCAUCUGUGGCUUCCUAUUCGUCCCUGGCGUUUGGCCGCUAUGUGGUGGAGCCCUUCUUUGAACCCUGCUCUGCUCCCACAGUGCUGAUCAAAGUAGUUGGCAUCCUGGGAUUCACGUUUGUCGUGGCAGUCAACUGCUGGAGUGUGACCAUGGCCUCUCGCACUCAGGUCACCUUGACCUUCAUUAAGAUGUUCGCUGUGGUCCUCAUCAUCAUCCCCGGUGUCAUCGCACUGGCCAAAGGAAAAACAGAGAAUUUCCAGAACGGUUUUGAGUUUGAUUCAUUAAAAUUGGAUAAAUUGCCCCUGGCCUUCUAUAACGGCCUAUAUGCCUACGGUGGAUGGUUUUAUCUGAACUUUAUCACAGAAGAGGUCAUAAACCCAAAUAGAAACAUCCCACUGGCAAUAAUCUGCUCCAUGGUGACGGUGACAGUCUGUUACGUGCUUAUUAAUGUGGCCUACUACACCAUGAUGACUCCUGCUGAGCUGCUGCUGUCUGAGGCUGUGGCUGUGACGUUUGCGAAUCGUGCUCUCCAGGGAUUGGCUAACACAAUUCCCUUUCUUGUGGCCUUAUCCUGCCUCGGAGCGCUUAACGGUGGCAUGUUUGGUUCACCCAGGAUGCUGUUUGUGGGAGCCAGAGAGGGCCACUGGCCUCCCAUCUUUUCCAUGAUUCACAUCCGCAGACGUACACCUAUGCCUGCUGUGCUGUUACUGUACCCGUUGGUGUUGGUGAUGUUGAUCACCGGAGAGAUCUACCAGCUCAUCAACUUCGCCUCCUUUGCUCGCUGGUUCUUCAUCGCCUUGGCAACCUUGGGGAUGCUCAUCCAUCGCUAUCGCUUCCCCCACCACCCGAGACCUUUCAAGGUGCCCCUGGCCAUCGCGGUCACCUUCACGGUGGUUUGCUUCUUCAUCGUGGGUCUGUCUCUGUUCUCGGACCCCUGGAACACGGGGGUUAGCUGUGCUCUCACGCUCACCGGGGUCCCGGUUUACUAUGUGACCGUCUACCGCUCCCGCUUGCCCCAUAGAUGGAGACGCAUCUUUAACUACUUCAGCAAGCAGCUGCAGAUCCUUCUAGAAGUGGCUCAACAGGAAAUCCAGACGUACUGAAGACACCAAAGAUCACUUCCUACUGACAGACUUCCUGGAUAUCACCUGAACUAGUCCUAGAAUCUUCUUUUGUUUAGUUUUACGUGUUUCAAGUGGCAAUUUUGGAUACGAAAAUAAUUUUAAAAUGCUGUUGUAAGAAAGCUAUGACAAAAAUGACACUGGGAACAGGUGGCGUAUCGGACUACUAUAAUGCAUUAGAUUGAGGUAAGCUGCUUAUGUUGGACACUUUUGCCGUGUCAGCUUUAACCACUGAAAUAAGAGAUGCCGCUUUUUUAUAUUCAUCACGAACUUCUAAAGCUCUGCUUAAGAUAAUCUUAUUUUUUUUUUUUACAAAGUUCUGUAACAGCAAUAAAUUCUUGAAUCACAGAGACAUCUAUAUCAGGUUUCAACUUUUAUUCAAAUAUAAAUAAAAAAUAUUUUUCAGA